AUGAUGCCGCAAUCACAUCAUCGCACAGGAGAUGCCCCACGUCUACAGAUGGUAGACCCACAGUUGGACGCUGUGCAGCACUUGGAACAUCUUCAGCUUACUCCCACUCAGACUAUGAAGCAGUCUAGAAUGGUUUCUUCAUUGUCGCACAACGUACCGAUCCGUUUGAAGAAGUUAACGCUGCCGCACUUCGAUGAAGAUGUCACCGAGUUUCAGCAGUUUCGGUGUGCGUUUAAACAAGCUGUUCACAACAAUCCCAAUAUCGACCUCAACAUGAAAUACCUCUACUUGAUGAAUCUGAUUGAGGGAGAAGCUCAAGUGGUUUUGCAGGAUCUUGAACCAGGUCGGAACAACUACCAUCAGUUGGUGCAGGCAUUGAGGAAGCGAUACGAUUGCCCGAGGAAGACCAGAGCGCUACUCCAUCAGCAGCUCAGAGAUCUUCACCCCGCAACCGAAUCAGUUUCAGACAUGCGUAACACUUGGUUCCGGUCGAAGAUUUGA